AUGUGCGUAUCUGAGGUAAAGUUAUUAGAAUAUUAUGAUGAGGAUGAGUAUCUUUAUUUGGUCUUCGAGCUUUGCGAGGGCUUGGACUUGUUAGAAACAAUCCGAAGCUCCCCAAGGCGAAGGCUACAUGAGUUGGAAGCCUCGGUCGCGCUGCGGCACAUGCUCAAGGCAUUGCAAUGCUGUCACGCGCAGUAUCGAGGGCAUUACGACAUAAAGCCAGAGAAUUUUAUGUUCAAAAGUGAGACGGAGGGUAAUAUUGCUCACGGCAAUCUUAAGAUGGUGGACUUAGGGUUGAGCAGCUGCUUCGACAUGCAUCGCAAACACCGUGUUUCUGGCACUACAGCUUACAUGGCUCCUGAGUUCUGGAGUGGCGUGUACGGCCCGGAAGGCGACGUUUGGAGUUGUGGAGUCGUCCUCUUCGUCAUGUUAACAGGAACUCCACUGCUGGACGACAUCUCCCCAGCGACAGUCAAGCGCGAGACCCGGGUGCGCCAGAUGCUCCGUGAGCGCGUGGAGGCCGGCAUCAGCGAGUAUAAUAUUUCUCCAGUCGCGGCAGACUUGCUGAUGCAAAUGCUUCAGCAUGACCGGCAUGCGAGGCCCAGCAUCAAAGAGGCGCUGAAGCAUCGUUUCAACACAGAUGGCUACGAACUCGAGAAGCAGCUGCUCUCUGCGGAGCGGAGUGAGGCAUUGGAGAUCCUUGCCAAGCUGCCGGACACCGUGCGUGAGGUCAUGCAUGAGCCAAUGCUGAAGAGAGUUGCUCGCUUGAUCAUGGUCCAUGUGAGCGAGGUCUCGGAAGCGGCCAGCUUGGCAUUCCGAAUGCUUGAUCUGCAUGGCUACGGAGAGCUCUCCAUUUCUGCAUUGGAGGACAAUCAGAAAGUGUUCAGUGACGGAAGGUUGCCAGACGAUUUGGACGUUUUGUUCGAUGCGAUGGACCUGAACCGAGAUGGCUACAUCAGCUAUCGGGCCUUCCUGGCAGUAACACUUUCGGAUGACAUCCGCUGCAACUCCAACAUCCUCGAGGUGACUUUCCGAAUCCUGGACACCGACAAGGAUGGCUUCAUUGGACACACAGACUUGGCGAAGGUUUUCGGGCAUGGACCAGACUCGGAAGUGUGCAGUCUGACCGUGAAUGAAGUCAGCCGGGACAGCAAGGUCUCCUGGCAAAGCUUCUUACGGCUUCUGGCACCAGAGUUAAUCGUGGCCGACGCUUUGCGUCAGCAUUGCUUGCAGCUCGCAGAAGCCAGACGCCAGCCAGCAACACCAACGGUGCUGACACACUGA